CACGGAAAUCGUUUACGGGAAUAGAAUUCAAUGAAGACACAAAACUCUAUGAUUGGCACCAACGUGUUCUUGCUAUGGUCAAUUCAGGCAUAGCACGAUGAAAGUAGAUGCUAUAUUCCCUAAAGUCGAAUUUUUCACUGAACCGCGAGCGAUCUCGAUACCCAGCCAUCAGAAUAAGUUGAUAUACAUGUUCUAUCAUUGCUCGUCUCACAAAACCGAACAGAAGGCGCCUAUUGACAUAGCCCCAACAACGGUGUGAUGCUCCGGACACAUCUCGGCGCAUGCCACGGAUGAAUUGGUAGAUGCCAGCGCCACGGUGAAGGCGCCAAUUGCACCAUCGAUGUAUAAAUAAUGAGAAUGUCAGCCGAAGCCGAACUUGCAUCCGCAAUGAUAGAUUAUUACAGAGAAAUCGACUUAUACGUUGCCGCCACAGCUCUCUGCUGCUAUGACUAUGGCCUCACGCUUCCUGACGAGAUUCAAUAUAUCUGGAAGAGCAAAUUAUCGUCCGUUUCUGCGCUAUUCUACGCCUUCCGGUAUACAGCUGUUUUCAAUGUUAUCUUUGUGGUCUUGACAUUAUCGCCGACACAGAAUUGGCAAAAUGACGAGUUGCGCAAUUCUUGUACGCAUAGAUAUGGCGAUGAAUGUGCUCCUCAUGACAAGCGCGACACUACACAUAUAUUCGAACAUCUCCGCUGGAGAUUGUCUAUCCCGCUCGCGAAUGUGGCAUUAGACUCAAAAUACCUGACAAAACGUAUGCAGUGGAUAAUUGGCGCCAGGGUGGCCUCUCUGUGCUCUGAUGCCAUUGUGAUGAUCGUCACCUGGAUGAAGACGAAAUCUAUGGCGGUUUACGUUCAGACUCUCUCGAACAAUAGUUUGAGCAAGGUUCUCGUCCAAGACACGGGACUUUACUUCGCCCUUCUUUCAAUAGCGAAUAUCAUUGGCAUUGUCCUUGGACAAUAUACGGAAAUAGUCGAUCCGAUCUCUAUGGUAACGGGAAGCCUUACGUCGAUCGUCAUGUCGCGCCUCCUCAUUGACCUCCGCAAGGUUGUAUUCUCGCAUCACAUGGAUGAUUCCCUAUCGGCCACCCUAAAAACAAUUGCCUUUGCUGAUGGUCGGCAAGACGAGAGCCUGGAAGAUGACUUGCAAGAGCAUGAUAUUGCAUGCAGCUCUGAUGCUACUGCUGCUGAUCGCCACGAAGAUUAUCACGGAGAUCACGCUACCGCAGAAAUCAACGUAUAGGCGAUCAAUGGUAACGAUAUCGCAGUAUAACGGGAAGUAUUAUAAACGAUGUUGGCACCUUGAUCCAUGCUGAAAGCGAUGACUUUCACCGGAGAGGAACAUGUUAAUGAGGAACUUCACGUGGACGACAUCGUCGACUCAAAUUUCGAGAAAACCGCCCGUUCAAUGGUACUUGCUGGAUGAAUGAAAUUUAUUGCACGGUGACGCACGUGUAGGAGGAAUGGGGGCAGAGAGGUUGGUCAGCGUCGAGCUGAAUCAUGAGCUUGAAGGCUUUCUGGUGAUGACCAAUAAGUCAACGUAACUGACAGAAUGACCUUUGAUGAGCAGUUGUAGCUAGUGCACUAUAUGCAACAAUUACAAUCUCGCCCACAAUGAUCAUUACUAUCUGGUA